AUGUCCGGCGCCGGCUGCGUCAAUCUGGAGCACAACAGUCGCAUCGUCAUGCAUGCCGACGCAAGCCGAACACCGCUCGCGAUGUCGUGGAAGAGCCAUGGAUCAACAGUGAAGGUCAGGUGCCGUAUAUAUGGCUCCUACCUGAUGAGCAUUGAGAAGAAUCCUGUGUUGAGCCAGAUUCUGAAAAAGACGUUUUACGCACAGUUCUGUGUGGGAGAGAAGAAAGACGAAGUGGUCGCGAAUACCAACUUCGCACGCGAGGUUCUAGGCUACGACGGUAUACUCUUCGAGUAUGCAUUGGAAGUGCUAGGAGGUGCGACGCCAACGCCAGCUGAGACUGCACAAGAGAUCGAAGUGUGGCGCAAAGGCAUGUUGCAGAGUGUUGAGAUGGCCAAAGAAGGUGACUUCGUUGGAUUGAAAUGGUCUGGUCUUGGCCGUCACGCCUUACAUUUGCUGAAAACCCAGCAACCCGCCACUCCCGAGAUGUGGUCCGCCAUCACAGCCGCAUGCGACGCCGCCGCUGCCAAGGGCGUGUCCCUCCUUCCCGGCGCAGAAGAAGAAGCCACAAACCCCGGCCUUGAGAAAUGGACACUCGAGCUCCAGAAAAAGUACAACACCUUCGAGCGUGGCAGGGCUGUCGUAUAUAUCACCUACCAAUGCUACCUCCGAACCAUCAACCAGCGCCUAGCCCAGCAUCUCGAGAAAGCUAGCAAGGAAGGCUACAUCGCGGGUGUAAAGCUAGUCCGCGGCGCAUACUUGACUUCGGAGCCAAAAGAACUUACGUUCGACUCAAAAGAAGGCACAGACAAGAUGUACGAUGCCAUGGCCGAAGCCGUCGUCAAGCAACAGUGGACCGACACCGUGCCUGCGCCAUCACCAGAUACGCCCUUCCCCAAAGUCAACAUCGUCCUUGCGACACACAACUUGCCAUCUAUUCUCGCUGCGAAGGCGGUUCGCGCGAGUCAACUCGCCAGCCAACCUGCUCAGUCACUGCCUCGGCUCACGUACGCGCAGUUGCAGGGCAUGGCUGAUGAAAUUAGCCAGAGCCUUGUGCAGGAUUCUACGAUGAAGGCAGAUACACAGGCGAAGGUGGUCAAGUGUAUGACGUGGGGUACCACGACCGAGUGUCUUAACUUCCUGCUCAGGAGGGCGGCUGAGAACAAAGAAGCUGCGGCGAGGACGGUGGACACUAGGAAGGCCAUGGGUGCCGAACUCUGGAGGCGCUUCAAGGGUGUUGUCGGGUUGGCUUAA